GAAUGGGCUCGACGAUGCAGCUUUGCCUCGGGGCUUUCCUUCGCUUCUGGGCGCUUGCCUGCAGUGCGCCCUCCUCUCCGCUAGAGACCGCCACCGCAGGGGCAGCAGCGGCGCUCUCACGCAGGACGAACCUCUCCGCCCGCGCAGCCUCCGUGGCGGGCAAGCAACCCCUUCCGCCUCAGCCGGGAGUUAGUAGGCGGCGCCGCCCCUGCCGAGCAGCCGGGUGAGGCGAGCCGAAGACGACGACGACGAUGUGGUUCAUGUACGCGCUGAGCUGGCUCGCGCUCUUCAUCCAGGCCUCCUUCGUCACGCUCGGCAUCGCGGCUGGCUUGUACUACUUGGCAGAACUGAUAGAAGAGUACACAGUAGCAACCAGCAGGAUCAUCAAGUACAUGAUCUGGUUCUCCACAGCUGUGCUGGUUGGACUGUACCUCUUUGAACGCUUCCCUGGCCUCGUGGUCGGCGUGGGACUCUUUACCAACCUGGUGUACUUUGGAUUACUGCAGACCUUCCCUUUCAUCAUGCUCACCUCUCCAAACUUCAUACUGUCCUGCGUCUUGGUUGUGCUGAAUCACUAUUUAGCAUUCCAGUAUUUUGCGGAAGAGUAUUAUCCCUUCUCAGAGCUGGGGAGAAUGUGUUGCCUUCCACGGUGCAGCCAGGAGACGAUGUGGUAUCGAACUACUUCACGAAGGGGAAGAGGGGGAAGCGCUCGGGCAUCCUGGUCAUCUUCUCAUUCAUCAAGGAAGCCAUCUUGCCAAGCCGCCAGAAGAUGUAUUGAUCCUCCAACCGCCCCUGCCCCAGUGAACACUCUCGUCCCAGUGGGGCGUGAGACUCCCAGGCCUUGCCCUUCUUCCCCUUGCGUCUGUCCAAGUGGCACGUUUGGGGUGGCAAAUAGUCAACUGUGGGGCAGGCACCCCAGGCUCUCUGGGAUCGUUGCGCUUUGAACUGCUCCGUUUCCAAUACUGUCUGCUUGGGAGGGGUGUGUGGUCAAGGAAGGCAGCCCUGUCGGAGUUUGGAUCCCAUCUCUGGCACACCCUAGAUGGAGCCCUGUCAUUGUCUCCACAUCUGAAGCCAAAACAUUUUGCAAAAGGUGCUUUGUUCAUGGGUACCUCUCUUCCUUGGAAUGAAGGUCUUCAAGGUUUGACUGCGGUCUGCACAGAUUUACAGCCAAUGCACGCAAACCCUCCCAUUGCCAGGAUUCUUCCAAAGAGUUUAUUUGUAGAAAUAUGUGGAGAAGCAAUGGAAAGACUGGAGUUCCAGAGGCACUUGUUGUUAAAUACAUAUUGUGACAUUGUUGUAGAGAGAUGGGCAGGAGCCCUGACCCCUACAUCUCUCUCUCUCUCUCACUGAUGAUGAUGUUUCUGGAGACAAAUUUAGGCAAAUGGAUCCCAGUCUCAGAGACCAGGAGUUGGAAAUCUCUUCCCCUAUUUUACUGGGGGUAACUGAGGAUGCUUCAAGGGCCCUGGUGGAUGGACUUUAUUUUGCAAUCUAGGGAUGAUUAUUUGCACAGAUUUCCUAGAUCCCCACCCUUCCUUCAGCAUCUGAGUUAAACAAAUUGAGAACCCUGUUAAAAGAACAUAAUACUGCUGGCACAUUCCCCCAUUCUGCAGAGAUUUCAUUAACCUGGAACAAUACUGUGCUGAGUGAAAAUCAAGCAGCACAAAACCUGAGACUAUCGAGAGAAGAGGGACAAAAGGAUUGUUUGCGAAGGAAUUACGAAGAGACUGCUGAUCUGGAAUCCAAAGGGCUUUUUGCUUUCGUUAAGGUGUAAACCUGGUUCCUACAUUGAGUUCAGUUUCUCAAGCUGUGGGUUCUGGGGUAGUUUUAUGAAGAUUCCACCAGGCACCUGUGAGGGUCUGUGCCGCUUCAGCAGCUGAAGCAAAGAUGGAUGGGAGCUGCCACGUUGUGGAUGCUGACAAUACAAUUUUGUUCUCUCUUAAAUUAAUGGACGUUUUGGUUUCUGUUCGAGCACACGGCCUGCGUUAAAUAAAGGUGUUUGGUCAAA